AUAAUAUAUUUAUAAGCAGCAACUAGUAAUUACCUAAUUAAAUUAAUUUUUGCUAUUGCUAAACAGUUUGCUUAGUCUCUUCAAGCCAUCAAUGGUGGAGGAGAAAUCAACGGCGUAAUAUUAAUCAAUAAUAGUGCAAUAAAAUACAAGCAAUAGUUUUCAUCGUGCAAUUGACUUUCAAGCGGAGAGAUCAUAAUUAACAAUCAAUCAAUCGAAUCGACAAGAUGAACAGGAAAUUCUUGCCAAUCACAGUGUGCGUGGUUUUUCACGUACUACUCACCAAUGUGGGCACCCAGGCACAGCUGAAUCUCGACCAGAUUGAGCUGCAGAAGCAGCUUCCGGAGGAGCUUCUCAAGUCAAACUUCACCCUCAACGAUGCCAAGGAUGUGUUCCGCCACAAGUGCAUAGAGGUGGUCGGCGAGGAGGCUGGUGGCAAGGCGUACGAGGAAAUCGAGUCCGGUUUUGCAGUUCUCAGCGAUUGCGUGAACGGCAUUGUCAACUAUACGACAAUGCAGCAGGAAAUCGAGGAGGCGAGCCCCGAGGGCGAGCUGGAUGUAGUUUUUAAUAAGUAUUGCAACAAGCGGUCAAGUGCCAUUGAAUGCUUCGAUGUGUUCACCGCCAAGCUCUCGCCUUGCUUGGACAAGGAGGAGCAGGAGAGCAAGGAUGUUAUCAAGCGGAUCAUUCAGAGUUUAUUGAACUUUGUUUGCCACAAAGAUGGAGACCAAAUAGCUCUGUUUAUUGCCGAGAAGGGGCCCGAGUGCCUCGAGUCUGAGAAGGACAAUAUCCAACAGUGCUUGAACAGCACCUUUUCUACGUAUCUUAACUCUGCGGAUAUCCAUGACAAUAAGAUCAAAUCCAUACCCAAACUGACUGUUGGCCAGCGGCAAUGUGAUGAUAUGCUGAGCCUGCAGUCGUGCGUGGUCCACCGGCUGGAGCAGUGCACCGACAUAACGCCAGCCAAUCUUGUGGAAUCAAUGUUCAACUUUAUCAGAAACGAAACCCUAUGUCGCAACUAUCAGAAAUCUCCCCUAAGCGCAGCCGCCGCCAGCAGCAGUCCAGGCAUUCAGGCAAUGCCAUUCUUGUACUCUCUGUCGCCCAUUUUUAUUUUGAUGUUUGCUCUCCACAAAUCUGCAUAGUUCUAAGUUCAAAAAACAAAUACCGCUGGAAUCUCUCGAAUAUCUCGAAUAUAUUUACUUUUCCCCCAUCAAGAUUCAAAAGUCAAGUAAAUAAUUGAUGGAAGGUCGCGCGGUGUGUGCAUAUGGAUUUAAUGGAUAUUAUUUAUGCACUGGAUUUACAUACAAACAUAUAUCUGUACUCGUAUUUAAGUGUUUACUCAAAAUAUUUAAAAACUAAUUUGUAUUACCGGUGCUAGCACCAUUCCAUAGGUCAAACCCAAAUAUGUAGAUGGGCGCACCACAUGGCUGCCUACGACUCUUUUGCACGCAACUCAGGCCGCGUGCAAGUCUCUAUAAUAGUAAUUUACAAAAUAAUAACAAAAAUGUAUGUACGACAGCUAAGACAUUGUCGUAACCUUUUGGCCAUGUCGUGCGUCUAUCUCUAAACUAUGUAUUAAAUUUAAUGAGGCCUUUGCUUUUUCAAGUCUAUUGCUUUUUUGCUUUUGUUUAUUUUUUAUUUUUUUUUUUGUCACGGAAAUGAAUCUCUUGCAUUAAUCUGAUCGAAUGGAUCAAAACACUUAGUGGGAUCGGAUUAGGGAUAACUCUUACAUCUCAUCAUGGAGUGGGUACGAAAUGGUACGGGCUAAAGUAAAUAAUAUUUAUAUAUGUAUAUGUAUUGUAUGUUUUUUAAAUGAAUACAAGUAUCAUAAAUGUGCAAAUAAAGUGAUAUAAAUUUGAAACAA